ACUGAAGGUCAUUCGGACGACGGAACUGUUUUGAAAUCAAUGGGAUGUACCUUUACUUAGUUGUUACCGAAAAUGUCGAACUCAAAUGGACAUUUUUCUGCCAUUAAAAAUGUUUUUGAUGAUGCUGUUGAGAAUGGUGAAGUUACGUCACUUGAAUUCACUACUCGGCUCUCUGAAAUGAGUAUAAACUUGUCACCUGAAGAGAAAAAACUUCUAGCGCAGCGUGUAGACAGCGAAAUGAAAAUGUCGUACAAGCAGAUUCUGGAAAAUCAUUCGUCAGACAAUGGAAAUGAAAAAUUGUCUAGAGAAUUACAAUUCCAAAUCUUGUUAGUCCUACAUAUUCGUCUUUUAGGCUCAUUUGAAGAAGCUGAACUAUGUGCUGAUCAUGAACUUGGUGAUUGUGAUAUUUUCAAUGUGAAACCCAAAUGUAGUACUGUAACUAUAAAAAACGAUUGUUAUCAACUUCCUAUUACUACUACUACUACUACUACUACUACUACAAGUACAACUACAACUCAAAUGAAUACAGAUUGUCUGAAUCCAGUACAAAUCACUACAACACCUCCGCGUACUUGUUGUACUAUAAAACCAUUUCUACACAAUGAUUAUCAACCUAUAACAAGUGUGAACACAAUCGACUCAUAUCCAAGAUCGACUCCACGACGUAGAACGUACAAAUCUAAAGAUAUUGAUGGUAAUUAUUGUGCGGCCAUUAAUAUUACUACUACUAAUACUAAUACUACUACUACUACUACCAGUACUACUACAAAUCGUCGUCGAACUCGACAUUCGUCUGGAUUUGUCCAAUCGAAUACACGUGAAACGAUUGUUUCACCUCAAAUAUUUGAUGAAGAAGCAAUGUUUCUUGGACGAGAAGAAUUUCUUCAUGAAACUACUCCGAAUAUGUCAAGCACAACUGAACAUAAUGCUGAUGAUGAUGAUGACGGGGCUGAAUUUGGCGCGUUAUUAAUGUCAAGGAAACGUAGAAAAAUCUCACCGAUUUGUUCACCAAUCCAAGCGCCUAUAUUCCGGCUGAAUACAACAACUGUCGUUACAACGGCGACAGCAACACCCACUACCAUGAGUAUUCAACAAGAAUCGAUUGGUGAUUCACAGAAUUUCAUUGGAAAUCAUACACCGAAUUCAUUGAGCAAUAAUGGUGGUGGCAAUCAUCAUUUCACAACAGAUUAUUUAAUAAAUGCGCCGAAACGCCAUAGUAAUUAUAUGUCGAAUGAUUUUGUCAAUAAUGCGGUUGUCAAUAGUAAUAGUAGUGAUUAUGGGACAUGGGAUACUGUUCCUACUAACAAUAUUAGUAGUAAUAGUAGUAUUGUUCACAAUGAUCCAAAAAAUGCUGUCAUGAUCGAGAAUGCUAAACCAUUUGUACAUGCCACUACCACUACAACCACUACGAUCUAUCCAUUAAUUAAACCUGUUCAAUCACCAUUUGCUCCAUUGCAUGUAUUCAGUCGACCAUCGGUGGCAGUGAAUGAUAUUCUAGAUGCUACAACUACAGCAAGUAAUAGUCAAAGUAAUUCCAUUUGUAUUGCAUUACAUAAAAAAUUAUUCGGUGGAAUCGAUAAUGAUCAUGAUAGUGACAGUGUUGCUGAUAAUUUAGAAAAUAUUCAUCCAAACCAGUUGAAUUCGCCGCCAUCCUCUGCGCCAAUAUUCAAACAAAAUCAAUCCGCAUUUUGUGAUCCUGAUUCACGUCAUUUAUGGGAUGAGAAUUCACUGGAUAUCACUUUAUCACCGAUAUUGCGACAAUUACACUGGAAUGCACAAACAUCUGUUGAACUGACAACCACGACCUCGAGCACGACUACGGCGGCGGCGACAACAACAAUGAAAAACAUUGAGUCAAACUAUUUUUCUUGCAGACAUUUAACAAAUCCUAAUUUGACCAUAACUUCUCCUAUACCACAGACAACUACAUCGUCGACAUUGUCUUUAAUGAAGCCAAAAUUAACAAUGACAACAACACUCCGUAAUCCAUCACCUCGUAAUGUUCUACGGCCUAGACGUAAUUUAUUCCAGUAAUUAUUCGUUUAUAUAAAUCCCAUUCUUUUUUUAUUUGAUUUUAUUUCUCAAUAUUCAAUAUAUAUUUUCUUCGAUUGUGCACACGCGAAUGUGUGUGUGUGUGUUUAAGUGAGUAUCAUGCAAUGCACCGCCAUAUUUUAAACUUCCCGCGCCUCGUGAGCGCUUUGUUUAAAUGUGAUCGUGUAAAUUUUUGAAAAAAAAUUGAAAUUUUAUUAUUAACCUUUUUUUAAAAAGAAAACGAACAUCUGAUGUGAAUAUUUCUCGUUUUUUUUCAAACCUUUGAACAAAAAUAAAAACCAAAACUG